GAGCUCCUAAAAGUAAUAUAUAGAAUUGUGUAUUUUGCUUUAUUGUUUGCUUUGUGGCGUCCAGUUAGAGAGGUUUUUAUAUCUCAUCGGUAAGCAGCUGAGUUAUUAAACAAUCACAAUGCAUCUCGUCCAAGGUCCAAUGUCAACUGCUUCAACUCCUCGCGAACCUUUGGCCUUGGAGCAAGAAACCUUGCCAGAAAUAAUGGCGCCUUCUUGUGAAGGGAGUUUGAAGAUCAUGAACAUUAUAGAGACGAACUCCGAAGUAAUGUGCUGUCGUUUUAGUUUGGAUGGUAGCCUUCUUGCAGCAGGACUUGCUAGUGGCGUUAUUAAAAUAUAUUCCUCAGAAAGUGGACGAUGUAUUUACAGYUUAUCGGAUCAAGAAACGUUGAACAGCCAUCUUCCUGUUACUUGUAUUCGAUGGAAGGCUGUCGCACAAGGAGAAGACUUCAGUCAUAUUCUUCUUGCAACUUAUGCUGAUGGUAGAGUMAAACACUGGCAUGCAUCAACAAGCAGCUGUAUUUCUACAAUUGUUGAACCAAAUCGUCAGACAUUAGCGUGCGGUUUUAACUACUCUGCCAACCAGUUUGUAACCUCAGGGUCAAACUCCAAGAUAAAUGUGUAUGAUGAAAAAACAAAACAGAUUAUCACAACAAUGGAACCAAGUUCUUCUCAUCUUGUAAUGGAUGGUCACAUGAGCCGAGUGUUURCCGUCAAGUAUAUACCUGAAGAUGAUCACAUCUUUGUUUCUGCUGGCUGGGAUGAUACUGUACAGUUCUGGGAUACAAGGGUUGAUAGAAAGCAUUCAUUAAGAAAAAUAUUUGGGCCACAUGUGUGUGGCRAUGCAGUGGACAUCUUACCAGGUAGCCUACAAAUCCUCACUGGCUCAUGGAGAAAGAACAACACCUUACAAAUUUGGGAUUUUAACUCAGGAAAACUUGUCAAAGAUAUACCAGGGGACUAUUUGUCAUCAAUGCUGUACUGUGUGCAGUGGCAGGGAACAGAGGGUGUGCUAACAGGUGGAAGUGACAAAAAUGUCAUGAGAUAUCUGGACCAAUCAACUCUACAUACCAUGGGUAGAUUAGUUGACCUCCCUCGCGCAGUCUACACAGUGGACCAUGACAAGUUUUCAAGUAAUCCAAUUUUUGCCGCAGGAACAGAUAACUUUAUUUAUCUGACCAAGAGAACAUAGCCAAUUAUCUUUCACAGAUUUUGGCAAUGACUGUUUAUUAUAACUGGCAUAUAUAGGACAUUCAGCAUCCAUGUCUCAAAAAAUGCCCAAUCAUCCCUUUCUUUAAAGUUGGGAUCCCUGUGGUUCUGUUUCUUCACUUCCACAGGGUUCCCACACCAUCAAUAUUCGUGGUUAUGAUAGUUUGUAAUAUUUUUAAACUAAUCACUAGAUGUAAUUGAAGCUUAUCAUGUACAUAGACCUUUAAAGCUUGACCAUACAUUUUGCCUUUGUUGAAAUAUGGGAAUUGAAUAAAACCCAUCUGGAUGGUA